AUGUUGGUGGCCAAGGAGCUCUUACAGAUGGACUUGUAUGCGCUGCUAGGCAUUGAGGAGAAGGUGGUAGUCAAAGAGGUGAAGAAGGCAUAUAGGCAGAAAGCCCGCUCUUGCCAUCCAGACAAAAAUCCGGAUAAUCCCAAAGCAGCUGAACUCUUCCACCAGCUUUCUCAGGCCUUGGAGGUACUGACUGAUGCUGCAGCCAGGGCCGAGUAUGACAAGGUCAGAAAAGCCAAGAAGCCAGGCCAGUCACAGGGCUCGGUGGUGUCCGAGAGGGACUAUGAAAGCCUCGUCAUGAUGCGCAUGCGCCAAGCAGCUAAGUGGCAGCAGAGAAGAAACUGCAUCCUCCUGCAGCUUCUUCAAAAGUACGGAGAGGUGCUCAACCUGGUACUUUCCAGCAAGAAGGCAGGCACCGCUGUGCUGGAGUUUGCGACCAUCAAGGCUGUGGAGCUGGCUGUCCAGAAUGAAGUGGGCCUGGCUGAUAAUCCUCUGAAGAUUUCCUGGUUGGAGGGACGGCCCCAGGGCAAGGACAGCCCGGCCACCCAGUGCAGAGAGGAUGGGUCAAAAGGCGGCUACUCCAGAGGCAUCCUCCUGCAGCUUCUUCAAAAGUACGGAGAGGUGCUCAACCUGGUACUUUCCAGCAAGAAGGCAGGCACCGCCGUGGUGGAGUUUGCGACCAUCAAGGCUGCGGAGCUGGCUGUCCAGAAUGAAGUGGGCCUGGUUGAUAAUCCUCUGAAGAUUUCCUGGUUGGAGGGACGGCCCCAGGGCAAGGACACCGGCCACCCAGGCCAGUCACAGGGCUCGGUGGUGUCCGAGAGGGACUAUGAAAGCCUCGUCAUGAUGCGCAUGCGCCAAGCAGCUAAGUGGCAGCAGCUGAUCGCCCAGAUGCCGCAGGAGGACAAGGUGGGGCAGCUGACGUAGCAUUCAACCCAC